CGCUGAUUCCUGGCUCUGGCAGCGUCGUGGUCAGUGGUCACCGGAGCUGUUACCCAAGUCCCAACGAGCAGCUUCCUUGGUGUUGCUGCUCUUGUCGCCGCCGCCGCCGCCUCUUGGUUUGCGGUAUCAUGAUGUACCGAGGCCUCCGCCUCUCCCCGGUUCCGGGCUUGGGGCUGGUUCUGCUUUGCGUCGUCCUGGGAGCUGUCCGGUCUUAUGCAUUGGAACUUAACUUGACAAAUUCAGAAAAAGCUACUUGCCUUUAUGCAAAAUGGCAGAUGGAUUUCAAAAUACGCUAUGAAACUGCAAACAGGGAUUAUAAAACCGUAACCAUUUCAGACCAUGGCACCGCAACAUAUAAAGGAAGCAUUUGUGGUGAUGACCGGAAUGGUCCCAAAAUAGCAGUACAAUUUGGAUCCAGUUUUUCCUGGAGUGUGAAUUUUACGAAGGCGGCGACUACUUAUUCAAUUGAUAGCAUCUUGAUUUCCUACAACACUAGUGAUAACACAACAUUUCCUGAAGCUAAAGACAAAGGAAUUUUAACUGUUCAUGAGCCUGUGGCAGUUGUAAUUCCAUUGAAUAACAUCUUUAGAUGCAAGAGUUUAUCAGCUCUAGAAAAGGAUGGUGUUGUUCAGGAGUACUGGGAUGUUCUUGUGCAAGCUUUUGUCCAAAAUGGCACAGUGAGCACAAAAGAGUUUCUGUGCGGUGAAGAUAAAAAUUCAACAACAGUGGCACCCAUCAUUCAUACCACUGUGCCAUCUCCUACUGUAACACCCACUCCAAAGGGAAAACCAGAGGUUGGAACCUAUUCAGUUAAUAACGGCAAUGGUACUUGUCUUCUGGCUACCAUGGGGCUGCAGCUGAACAUCACUCAGGAUAAGGCUGUUUCAGUUAUUAACAUUAACCCCAAUACAACUGACUUCACUGGCAACUGCCAUCCUCAAACUGCUCUACUGAGAUUAAAUAGCAGCAAUAUCAACCAUCUUGACUUUGUCUUUGCUGUGAAAAAUGAAAACCGGUUCUAUCUGAAGGAAGUGAAUGUCAGCAUGAACUUGGGAAAUGGCUCUGUUUUCAGCUUUGUAAACAACAAUCUUAGCUACUGGGACGCUCCGCUGGGAAGUUCUUAUAUGUGCAACAAAGAGCAGACUGUUGCAGUGUCUGGAACAUUUCAGAUAAAUACCUUUGAUCUAAGGGUUCAGCCUUUCAAUGUGAUGGAAGGAAAGUAUUCCACAGCUCAAGACUGCAGUGCAGAUGACGACAACUUCUUUGUGCCCAUAGCGGUGGGAGCAGCCUUGGCAGCAGUACUUAUUCUAGUGUUGCUGGCUUAUUUUAUUGGUCUCAAGCGCCAUCACGCUGGAUAUGAACAAUUUUAAAAUCUGCAAUCUGAUUGAUUAUGUAAAAAUACAUACAUACACAUAACAAGGUUUUCAUUCGUCUCAGUUUUGAAAGAAACACCGUUCCUUAAAAUUGAUAAUUUUGAAACUUUUAAAUCGGUCUCAGCAUUUUGGGAUAAUUCUUGAUAAAAACUGCUCUCUUUGAUCAGCUUGAAGCCCUGGUGGCACAUGUUUAAGAGCUAUGGCUGCUAACCAAGAGGUCGGCAGUUGAAAUCUACCAGCUAUUCCUUGGAAAGCCUAUGGGGCAGUUCUACUCUGUCCUAUAGGGUUGCUAUGAGUGGGAAUCGACUCGAUGGCAACCGGUUUGGUUUUUUUUGGCUUGACCAGCUUAAAAUCGAAAGUGUUGUAUUGGCUGGUCCUGAAGACAACUUGUUAUAAAGAACAUUGAUAUGCAGUGUUUUAAGUUCUGCCUUAAAAAGCCUUGGCUAAAUUUUGAUCCUAGCCUAAGAUGCCUUAUACUUAUUAACAUGGCCAUUAUAAGAAUAAAUAUUGACUUUUAAAGGAAUUAAUAAAUAUUGUUUCACUGCCAGUGUUCUGUUUCAAUGUAUAAAAAUAAGCCUGAUUAAUACUCAUCACUGUACAUUUACAUAUAACCCUUUAAACAAAUACUGAUGUGGCAUAAAUGCUCAAAUGUGCCCCAACUUGGCUUUCAGUUGAAUGAAGUAGAGAAUGUCCUCAGGGCCGACAGCAUUUUUUAGAUUUUGUGCCUUUUGCUUGUGAUUUUUCCCUAGGUGAAAAAACAAAACAAAAAGCAAAACCCAAGCGGCUACAAUAGAACUUACACUGGCUACAGGAUUAGAGUUGUAUUUUGUGUUGUUGUUUUCGGCAAUAUCAACUGAAAAGAUUCAAGUGUGUUUAAUCACUUUGCCUUUUUUCCUUGUUUUUGUUCCUGCUUGGAUGCCUGGUUAGCACUAAAAGAUAGAAAUAGUCUAUGAACUAAUUAGGACAGAUUGUGUUGUUUCGCUACCUCAUCUUGUUGCUCUCUAGAGCAUUAAAUCUAUUUAGUGUUGUCAUCAGACUGAUACUUAUGAAAUGUAAGCUAACAACAAUUUCAGAAGGGAGGCAGUUAAGCAUAGCAACCAGGCUCUUGCUUCUUCAAGACGGCCCCUGUGGGGCAGAGCAUAGACGGGGGUGUAGAGAGAAGCUGUUGGCAUUAAAAUGAGCUAGAUAUUCAGCCCCUAUUGAAGUACAUUUCAUCUUGUAAGUGCAACACAAAUAUUGAAUGUAUAGACAAAUAAGAAGGAGGCUUAAUCAGUAGACUUGAGAAGACUUUUACCUUGAAGCGAUUAUUAAUUCAUUUUAUGUCUAUAUUGGCUUGUUCAUAGUUUCUAUAGCUUACUGUUUAACAGUACAGUGUCUUGGUGCGCAGCUAUCAGUCUCUGCUUGAGGGUUUUCAGUGAAAUAUCGUAAGUCCUUUCGACAAGGGUUAACAUGGUUACUCAAAUUCAUGUUAUGUAUUCAGAACCAUAGCAACUAUUUUGUUUUUAAUAAAUGCCAAAAGUACAAGAGGAGGAAGAGUUAAUAGAGGGAAGAUGCAAGUUAUCGCUCAUAAAUCACGUCACGUCAGUAUCGCAAUUUGUUAAUUGCAGUAGACACAUGCUGGAAAGGACCUUAAACCCCAUAAUUUGACAGAAAGGGGAGUGACUUCACUGAGCUUAUAUAUCUGGUGGAUGGCAAAACCAUUAUUAACAUUUUGGUAAAAAUUGCGUCCAGUGAAAUCUGGCCACUUAAUAAUAAAACAACUGCUGGUUUAAACUUGAAAUCAUGAGAUCAGAAUUUGGCGCUUUGAGCUUCUGUACUAACUACUUUUAAUAAAUAAUACGUGAUGCUUGGCUUGCGUAAGUAUUUUUUUAAGUUCUGAAUAUUGGCCUUAUUCAAUAAUAAUACACUGAGACACUCUUUUGAUCACUGUUUGCUACUACAAAACCUGAACCUCCUUGGAUGGGAUCACAAGCAUAGGAAGAAAAGAGAAGGGAAUUGAAUAUUUGUUGACCACGUGAUGUGUAUCCGAUGCUUUGGAAAUAUUAUUGUAUUUAACCCUCAAAUACCUUAUAAUAUAGGUAUUGUGGUGGCACAGUGGUUAAGAGCUCAGCUGCCAACCAAAAGGUUAGCAGUUCAAAUCCAUCAACCACUCCUUGGAAACCCUGUGGAGCACUUGUACUCUGCACUAUAGGGUCGCUGUGAGUUGGAAUCAACUCAGUGGGAAUGGUUUUAUCCCCCCCUUUACAGAUGAGGAAAGGGAGACCCAGUUUAAAUAACUUGACCAAAGCCUUUAGCUAGAAAGGAAAGGAGCCAGGAUUCAAGCUCAGUUCUGUCUGAAUCUAAGUUUGAACUCUGCUUCCUGGUGGUCCAGGGGAAUGGACUGCAAUAUAUUAGAUUCUGUUAUUGUCCUUCCAGGCCAUUAGUCAGUUAAAAAGAAUUAUAGUUUGAGUAGCUGCCUAAUGUCUGUGUGAACAAAAAUUAUACUGCGUUUUCUUGGUCCUAAGUCCCACUAAAAUUUUAUUUAUUUUUAAAAAUUAAAAAAAAAAUUUUUGCAUCGAAUAGUUUAGUAUUCACAUCAUUAAAAAAUCAAAGCUGUAACAGCAUUAAGAAAUCUGUCUCCAUCUGCUGCACCUGUCCACACCAGUAACUUCUCUUUUAUAAAGAGCAGGUAUCGUGCUGUAUACCCUAUUGUGUUACUUUUCUUUUUAACCCAGUUAAGAAUAUAUGCUGGAGAUCUUUCCAUUCCAUGUCUGUGCUUAGAGAGGUUCCUCAUUGCUUUUUUUUUUGGCAUUAAAAAAUUUUUUUUAAAUUUAUUUUGUUGUUGUGGAGAAUAUACACAGCAAAACAUACACCAAUUCAAGUUUCUACUUGUACAAUUCAGUGACACUGAUUAUAUUCUUCAAGUUGUGCAACCAUUCUCACCCUCCUUUUCUGAGUUGCUCCUCCACCAUUAACAUAAACUCACUGCCCCUAAGGUUCCUAUCUAACCUUGGAGUUGGUGUUGUCAGUUGAUCCCAUAUAGACAGAUCUUGAAAGAGCACAACCCUCAAGGCAGACGUGCUUUACUAGUUUAAGCUAAACCAUUGGUUUUAAGAACACUUCAGGGGAUAUAUUUCGUUUAAGGUUUACCACUUAAAUGUUAUUACUUAUACAGAAUUCUUCUGUGUAUUUUAAUGAUAGUUGUGGCAAGGGAGAAAGGGAGUGGGGAAAUAAAACAGCGGCUUUAAGCAUGGGUGAUAGUUCUUUUCCCCAGUGCCAUUAGACAAACAAAAUAUUACCAUAUUGCUAUUUUGGACCCUUUCUGCUUUUUCUACUGUGGAAUUUGGUGUGAUUUUAGAUGAAGUGAUAAUGAGAGACGGAAGGUGACCAGUUGCUUUAGAGAUAUUUGGGUGGAUGUAAAGAAAAUAAGAAAAUAGGGAUAAUGCUAUAAAAGACUAAACUAUGUACAUUUUGAAAAGCUUGUCUCUUAUUUGCUUGUUUCCACUUAAUUGCCUCCUUUACUAAUUUCCUUUCCUUGCUCUCUGUUCUUUUCUAACAGCUGAAGAAUGUUCUGCUGACUCUGACCUCAACUUUCUUAUUCCUGUUGCAGUGGGUGUGGCCUUGGGCUUCCUUAUAAUUGUUGUCUUUAUCUCUUACAUGAUUGGAAGAAGGAAAAGUCGUACUGGUUAUCAGUCUGUGUGAUCAGUUCGAUUCAGUGCUGUUGCCCCCCUCCUUCCUUUGCAAUCAGAAUUUAUGUUUCCACUGGCUAGAAGCCAGGAAAUGCUGUGCAAUAGAUUGUUUAAGAUAUGCAGAAUAACCUCAGUGAGUUGCUAGCCAACUUGGGCAUGAGUAGCAUUUAUUUAAGAAAAUGUGUAUUAGGGCCAAUUUCUUUUUUUUUUGUUUUUCUUCCCUUGUUAGUGUGAUCGAAAGCAAAAUAGGAAUAUGAUUUUUAAGUAGUGAUUUUAAGCCUCUGAAUCCAAUUAUGAGAUCCUUUCUACUGGAAUAUAAUUUUCUAUGUUGCAGCUACUUGUAUUUUGCUACUUUGACAUUAUUUGCAAAAUUGAAGCUGUUAGAGAAUUUAACUUGCUUCAGGAAAUAAAUUCAAGAGCAUAAUCAAUUCCUUUCCAUUGAUGGCAAACAUAACAUUUGGUUUAUAAUAAGACUUCCUUCCCCCACCUCCCAAUCAGGAUUAUUUAAAUCUGUAUCUUUGUGUUUAAAAAAAAAAAAAGAAAGAAAGAAAUGACUUCAUGAUAUUGUGUUUGAUAGCAAAAUUUGGCGGCUUUCUUCGUUACUGCUAGUAGUUACUAUAUUUCAACAAGGAUGUCUUUUUUCUUCCUCCCCUUCUGGAAUUUGGAAUAAAUCAAUUAUCUCAGACUUGGCAUUUAUGCUGAAGGAUGAAGACUAAUAGCUUUUUUUAAAAAAGGUGUUCUUUAGAAUUAGUUAUGCCUUCCCCCCCCAAGCCUUAAUUUGUUCAGAAAGUUCUUUCACCCCUAAAAAACUGAGACACUUCCUAUGCCUCCUGCACUCUCCUAUAUUUGCUAUAUGAAUAGGUUGUAAUUGAUAUUUUUAAUGUAUUUCUUUUUUUUCUCAAAGCAGCAGGUGCUAACUCUAGAGGCUAGUGGGCCCUGGAAGGCCAUCAGUCAGAUGGCUACCUAGCGAAAGCUGGAUGGGAAUUAUUCUGUAAAUUUGUUGAGCUUGGUCUAGGCUUAUAUCCCUGAAGGUACCCCUAAUGGCUCUGACUUCUGGAGUAAGGUACUAGGAACCAUCAUCCCACUGUCUUCUUGAUUGGUUAGGCUGUUGAAUUGGCCUUUUAUUUGGAAGCACAGUGUUCUAAAUUUCUAGGGCCCAAAUGGCUGUUUUGCAUAUCUGUCCUGAGCAAAAGACAGAUAUUUAUUUUCUCAAGCUAUUUUAUUUCUAUAUUUAACUAAAAACAAAAGUUCCCAAAGAUCUGCCUGCAUUUCAGAAGUGCCCCUUGGAUUAAAAAAUUAAGCCUAAACUGUAAAGUUAGUUUGUAAUUAAAUCCAAGGAUUAAGUAAGUUCCAGUCUACCUCUCAGCGGAAUGCCAUUAACUGAUGUCAGAAUUCUUUGCCAAUAACUGGAGUUACACAAAUUUUAUUAAAAAGAAAGAAAAUUCAUCAACAUCUUUCUUUAUUAUUUUAUCUAACUAUACAUCUCAAAAGCAUUUAUUCCAAACUGGGAUAGAUAGAAAGUCGGAUUGCUUAAUUACAUCUCCAUUAGAACUCUCUAGCUCUGACCUGCAAGCUCAAAUUGUCCUUUAUUUGCUAAGUAUAUAGAGAAUGUUUUCUUUUAAAAGGUUCUCCUUUGAGAAGAAUUGCCUAUUUGUUACUUGGUAAAGCGCAUUUGGUCAGAAUGAUGACAUUAUAAAGAACAGUGGCUUCAUUUCAAUAAAUAUUUUUGAGAUGAUGAUUGUCUAGAAGUCAGAUUGGUUAAAUCAGCUUGUGACCUUGCUAAGUAGUUUUCUACCUUUUGGGUAGGAGGCAGUAUCACAAAUUCUUCAUUGGGAAUCACGACUUUAUCUUAGGUAAUUGGCAAACACGUGUUUAAUUCUCUUGGAGAAUUAAAAUUAAAAAUACAAAAUGUUAGCAGCAGAUUAAAACAAAAACUGCUUCUAAUUCAGUAAAAACAGGAAACCUAGUAUCUCUGAACUGAGUGUUCAGCUUUGCCUACUGGGUUCAUAUUUAUGUCAGUAAAACACUGGUUCAGGCAAUAGGGCUUGGAACUCAUGAAUACAUUGUUUUCCACCUAAGCUUCUUUGGAAGAACUGAUGCUUGCAGUUCCCUAAAGUUUUGAAUAUAUCAACUUAGGGGACUAAUUAAUAUCUGCAAAAUAAAGCAUAGUGUGCUUCUCCUGUUUGAUCUGAUAUGUGUGAUUUUCGAUUGAUGGAUUUAAAAAUAAUAAAGACUAUAUAUUCCAUGUCACUAUGGAUAACUUCAUUUUUAUCCCAUGUUCUCAGCCUUGAGAGCUUAGAUUUGUAUAAUCUAAGUUCCCUAAGUUCUAGUCUCUUGAGUUGAUGACAGAAAUCAUAUGAGUUUAUAGGCCUACAACUUAACAAAGUGCCAUCUUUAGGAAGAAGGCAUUAGACCCUUUAGUACAGACAAUUCAAAUAUAUGGGGGCCUGUAUGGUCAUGAAAAUACCAAGAACACAUUGAAAACAAAAUAUGGAAAUAUAACAGAUAUAAGAGCUCCUUAACAAAUGUACUUUCAGCACAUCUAUCUGCAUUAAUGAACUGGUACUCUUUGUUGAAGUUCACUCCUUCCUCAGGGAUAUGGCAGGGGCAGAAGAAGAGCUGGCAGUUUUCUGAAAAUUCCUUUAGAUUCCUUACAACCCAGUCUAAUGUUCAAAUGUAUGUGAUUGGAUUAAAUAACACAACUUACAAUAAAUAUACUCCUUUUUACAUAAGGGCCAUUUUUGGUAGAAGAACCAAACACUGCAUUUCUCCAUAGUUACUGAAUCAUAGGGUUUCAUUUACUGAUUGACAAGACAUUUAAUGGCUUAUAAUUAAGUCAAGUAAUGGCCUUGCCUUGCCUGUUGCUGGAGGGGUGGUAGGAAGUCUCAAUAGAACCUGUCUUUCUUGUCUUAGCUCCUUCAUUGAAUAUACUUCACAAUUCUGCACCUCACAAGGCCUCUGAAGGAAGCACUUUAAAGUUACUGUUAGCAAGAAGAAUGCUUCUAAAUAUGUUGUUGUGAGGGUUAGUGAGUAUCUAAAAAGUAAAUUUGGAAGUGUUAUCUUUUUAGUUCAAUGUAUGUACUCUUUUAGACUGCUUUUAGAACUCUUGAGGAAAUGUUUUCUUUUGCUUUACUUUUAUUGCCUGAAUGUGUUUUGAUGGAACAUAAAUUUGGGUCCCUUUGUUUCUAGGUGGUACAAACUGUUAACACACUUGCUGCUAACUGAAAGCUUAGAGGUUCAAGUCUACCCGGAAGUGCCUCAGAAGAAAGGCCUGGUGA